AUGCAGAUAUUAACCGCCGCGGUUGUUGCGCUAGCUGCUUAUAUCUCCGUUACGUCGGCAGCGAAAUGCUACCCUAAACAGGCAGCUCCUGCCGCUACGACAUCACCGGCCGUCGACUUCCCUGCUAACGAAAAUACAAUCGUGACGGAUUCCUCGAACCAACAAACACCCACGCGAUUGGCGACGGUGGCACCGGAAUCUGGUGACAAAGGAGCCACUGAAUCACCUCCAACUCAAGGCUCAACUGAUGGAACUAGCAGUACAACAACGGACUCUCUUCCGUCACAAGGUACAAUGGAACAAUUGACUGGAUCGCUUCCUUCAACGGAGGGAUCAACUGACGAGACCCCAGCGACGUCUGGAAAUUCGACAAAAGAGCAUGCUAGCUUUGGCGACAUUACCUCAGGAAAUGACAAGUGCGUCGUUGGCGACCCGAACGCAUACAUCACCAAGUCUGAUGUCGAUUGGGUCUGGACGGAGAGGAUGUCCAAGAACGUCCCCGACUUCAAGAACAACAUCUUUGAUCAGCUUGUAAAUAACAAGGGGAAACUCAGGUACUGCGUGCGUUGGGACAGCACCAACAAGCUCUCGAAAACGGUGGCAGCCAAGUUUGAAGCAAUGCUGAAUCGCCAAUUCAAGGCUUGGAACGAGUGGGUUAUCGGGUACGGCUGCUGGCCCUUUGAAACGAUCGAGGUGAAGAUUGUCGGCUGGGCGACGCGCGAUACUUCUCUGUUCGACUGGAGUGAUGACUCUCUCGGUACGAUAUAUACGACGGAAAAAGACCCCGAUGGUGUUCCGCAAUGCCCAGACGCUUGUUACAAGCACAAGGGCUUCGCUGCGAAUGCCGACACUAGCGCAUGCGAAGGAGAACCAUUCGAUAUGUCGCUAUGGCCUACCUUGGGUCAAGGUGGUGGAGCCGGUGGUGACUGGGGUCAACGUGUCGAUGAAGAAUCUAUGAUUUCAACCAUUGAUCAGGAACAGUCGAUAAUUGUGGCUCACGAAAUCGGUCACGGCUUCGGACUCCCCGAUUUCUAUGAACAUACUGAUCAGCCAAACGAGGAUUUUCCUGCAUGCAUUAUGAAGGCAGGCUCUUCACCAACGGUAACCCCCGGUGACGGCUGGAUGCUGCGUCGCGUCUUCGAACACAUCAGGACCCGUUACAAUUUUUAG